CUGUCGCCGCUGUGCAUGGUUCUGUUUGUUUUAAUUUAACUAAAAAUUAAUAUUAUAAAGUCUGUCAAUGUAAACUAUCUUUUCUCAAAGAAAAAGAAUAGAAAAACAUGGAACGCGUGAAAAUCGAAAAGGAAACUGGUGCGGAAGAAAGGAUUGUAGAACUUUUGAAUUCUGCAGCUACAGAUGCUGGUGAUCAAUCGAGAGUUGAUCAUCUAAUUAAAAUUCAAGAAUUGAUCAUCCACCAGGAAGCUGGACUCUUGGAUAACUUUGUGGAUGAAAUCACUGCUUUUCAGCAUGAUCGUUCAGCUGAUGUUCGAAAAACUAUUGUAGGUUUCAUUGAAGAAGCUUGUAAAGUAGAUCCGGAGUUGCUUGGUAAAGUCAUGCACAGUUUACAGCUUUUAUUAGGUGACACAUCAAUUGCUGUGCAAAAACGUGUAAUUCAAGCUUUGACUCAGCUGUAUAAAACUACUUUGCUAUGGCUAGCAAGAGCAAAUUCUGUAACUGAGCUUAUGGAGAGGACAUGGAAUAUGCUCAGUCAGAUGAAAUCUCAGAUUGCCAAAAUGAUUGAUCACGACAAUGAUGGAGUAAGAACGAUAGCUGUAAAAUUCUAUGAAAUGAUUAUUGUAUCACAAACCUAUCCUGAACCAGAUAGCGUGCGCAAAGAAAACGAAUUUAGUUUAGAAGAGGUACCACUAACACUUAAAGUUGCCAGACCCAGAAAAUUGGAAGAAGAAGCGCAGCUGAUGAUUGAAGAUUUGCUGAAGUUUCAUGGCUCCGCACACAUAAGCAGUGCAAACCUAAUGGCGUGUAUGGGUUCACUUACUCACAUAGCAAAAAGUCGGCCUCAGUUCCUGGAUCGCAUCGUAACGGCCAUGGAAAUGCUGCAUGCAAACUUACCCCCGACUUUAUCCAAAUCACAAGUGAAUUCAGUCCGCAAACACUUGAAAUUGCAAUUAUUGGCAAUACUUAAACAUCCCGCUUCGUUUGAACGCAGCAGCAACAUAAAAACUCUUCUUGGGGAUUUGGGUGCCACGCCGCAAGAAAUCAAUAAAGUAUUGCCUACCGCUGAAGAAAUAGCGAAGCAUCCAAGACGAUCUGAGCGGGCGGAAGAUUCCAAAAGCGGUCCAGCAGCUAAACGAAGAAAGAUAGAAGCUGAUCCAGUAAUUCCAGUUCGCGAGAAUACUAAACAGAAAGCUCUUGCUAUUACGGAAGAGUUUCUCGUACAACGGCUCACGACAAAAGGAGCUGUCGAUCUCGUAAUGGAGACGCUGCCUCACAUUACCAGCGGUAUGCCUCCACAUUUUCCCUCUAUUUAUACACCUAUCUCGGAUGCUGGAACACAAAGCCAAAUUCGACACAUAGCUCGUCUCAUGGCUUCUCAAAUGACAAAUGCCGGAAUUGGACCUGGAGUUGCAGAAGCCGGUUAUGUUCCAAAAAUGGGCAAUGAUUUUGAAGACGAGGAUGAUGACAUGGAUGAUAUCCCUGGUGCAGCUGUAAUAACGCCAGGAUUUCGAGGUGGGGAAGAUCCCGAGUCAGCUAAACCUGGGGUGGCCUUAAUUCAACCUCCAGUACAAAUUCGAGCAAGGCAAAGAGCAUUAAAACUAGCAGAAAUUGCGAAGCCGUUGACGCCACAAAUGAACGAAUCCAUGGCUCGUUCUGCGCUUCAGCGAGUCUUGAAAGCCGAACGAACUGCCAUGCUAGGUGGCGUAGCGGCGAAUAGGCAAAAGAUUUUGGCCUCACUAGCGACCCUUUUUUCGGGAGAUUUCAAAGAUCUCGUUUUAGAGUACAUUAUGGCAGAUCCACGCUUGCGAAUUGAACUCGCCUUCUCAUGGCUCUAUGAGGAAUAUUCUAUGGUUAUGGGUUUCUGUCGUCAAUCGUCUAUUGUAAAAGAUGAGUUCCGUCACGCAGCUGUUGACAGUUAUACCGACGUGUUUUGCUCUUUAGUGAACGAGUUAAAGAAACAAUCCGAUUUAAAAGAGCGAGAAGUGUUACUGAGCCGGUUAUUCCACGAAUCGCCAAACAUUCCAGAACAAGGAGUCUCGAUAUUGCGAACAAUGUUAUGUGAGGACGCUAAGUUGGUGGAUAUUUCCAUCCAAAUUCUUCGCCAGCUUGUUCACCGUCCAUCAAAGCAAUUGAUCUACCUGAAUGUUUUGCUCGAAAUCAGUAGCCACGAAAAUGAAACUAUUCGUUCGGCUGUUCUUUCCUGCCUGACCGAUUUAUAUGACCGUGGAGCCCUCCGUCGCGUAAUUGAGGAUUACGCUUUAAUGUGCCUCAAGUUUUUGUUGUUAGAGGAACCCCCAGCGCUCCUCUGCGGGCCUGAAAAGGGCAGAAGUGAAGUGGUCACUACCUGGACCGAAGAGAUUAUCAAAGCCUGUCUCUAUCUGUUCCUUGCCGUGCUUCGUUCCAAUCACAAGUUGAUCCAUGAACUGGCAGUUGUAUAUGUCCAAGCAAAUGCCGACAUCAAGAGAAAAAUCUUGCGGAUGGUCGAAGGCCCCGUGGAAGGCAUGGGAAUGGAAUCUCCAGAAUUACUAAAGUUGGUCGAAACGUGUCCUAAAGGGGCUGAAACUCUGCUCAUCAGGAUCAUCCAUAUUCUCACUGAUAAAUAUCCGCCAAGCCCUGCUUUAGUUGAGCAUGUGCGCAACAUAUAUCAGCAACGUGUCCCCGAUGUUCGUUUUCUUAUUCCCGUCCUCAAUGGCCUUGGGAAAAAAGAAGUCCUAUCUGUGCUUCCAAAAUUGAUCAAGCUAAAUCCCGAUGUCGUCAAAAAAGUAUUUAGUCGUCUGUUGGGCACUCAGGGAGACACGACGGUCACGUAUCCUAGCCCGUUGUCUCCGACGGAGCUUUUAAUUGCUCUCCAUAAUAUUGACAGCACCAAAUGCGACAUGAAAACAAUCAUGAAAGCAACUUCUAUGUGCUUUAUGGAACGAGGAGUUUACACGCAGGAGGUGUUGGCCGUUGUUAUGCAACAACUCAUGGAUCAAAAUCCACUGCCAACACUUUUGAUGAGAACUGUUUUGCAGUCUCUAUCCCUGUAUCCGAGAUUAUCAGGAUUUGUGAUGAACAUACUGCAAAGGUUGAUAGUCAAACAGGUUUGGAAGCAAAAGAAGGUCUGGGAAGGUUUCAUCAAAUGCUGCCAAAGGACGAAGCCGCAAAGUUUUGCCGUUAUUCUUCAGCUUCCUCCUCAAUUUCUUCAAGAAUUACUAAAUACAUCCCCUGAUCUUAAGACUCCACUCGUGGAGCAUGUCAUGACCUUCACCGAAAAUCAGCGAAUGCAUAUUCCCAAGCUUACGAUGGAUGUUCUUAAUGGGAUUGCUCAGUUUCAAGCGGAAGCAGAAGAACUACACAACGAGGAUUCAAAAGAUAAAGAAGCGGGAUCUCCUGAACCCAUUGAGUCUACUUUUCAUGGCGAUAUCGAACCACCCGCUCCUGGGGAUUCCUAACCAUUCCUUCGUUGAAGUUAAAACAAGCUCAAUGAUGAUGGAUGGCCAGAGCUUGGAAUGAAGAAUAUUUUGUAUUAUUUCCUUCUUAUAAAAAAAACAAACGUAUAAUAAAACUUAGCCAAGACAAAUGCAA